AAGAAUAUGGAGAUCAAGUUUAUAUCUUUUUAUGCCAUUGCAGCUGCAUUUCUAGUUUUAGCCAACUUUGGGAUUAUGCAAACAAGUGGGCAGAGCGUUUCGUGCCUGAAUCAGCUUGCUCCAUGCCUCGGUUACCUAAAUGGAACUAAGGAAGUGCCUCAGGUUUGCUGUAACCCUCUCAAAUCGGUGAUAAGGAACAAUCCAGAGUGUUUGUGCCGUAUGAUUAGUAACCGAGGGAGCUCAAAGGCCGAGCGAGCUGGCAUCAAUGUCAAUGAUGCUCAAAUGUUGCCUGCCCGAUGUGGAGAACACGUCAAUCCCAUAGCCUGCUUGACUCGAUCUCGAGGAUCUACAAACUCAGACCGAAGUUCCUCCAAUGGCAACUCCUUUUCUCACUCCUAUCGGAUGAUAACAUUUGCUUUAGCCACCACCCUUUUGUCAUUUAUUCUCCAAAUUAACUGAAUCGAUCAUUGUCUAUUAAAGGCAGCUCUCUGUAAUUUGCUUGUUAAGGAUGUUCUUUCUUUUUUUAUUUGUUUGAAUGGUUAUGAGUUAUGGCUUAAGAUUAUUAUUGGUCGUCACUG